AUGUGCUACUUGAGCGUGCCAGCAUGCUCAACUGUCACCCUAGUGCUACUCCUGUUGACACGAAGCAAGGUUUCUGCUCUCAAGGGCUCGCCUGGGUCGGAUGCUCCAUUCUACCGGUCCAUCGUCGGUGCUCUCCAGUAUCUGACACUCACCCGACCAGAUCUGCAGUAUGCUUUUCAGCAGGUGUGUCUCCACAUGCACGCCCCUCGUGACUCCCAUAGGACACUCGUGAAAUGGAUUCUCCGAUACAUCCGUGGCACAAUGUCUCUUGGACUCACUCUCACGGCGUCCACCUCUCUGGAUAACGUGGCCUAUUCUGCUGAUUGGGCUGGCUGCCCUGACACACGUCGCUCCACUUCUGGAUACUGCGUCUACCUUGGUACCUCCCUCGUCUCGUGGUCGUCCAAGCGACAACCCACAGUUUCGCGCUGCAGCGCGGAGGCCGAGUACCGAGCAGUGGCUAACGCAGCCGCCGAGUGCACCUGGCUAUGA